AUGUCUAUUGUCACGGGUCAAAGUUUACUGGAUCGUGUUCUCAAAAAAUUGUUGAGACUGCACGUUUUUGGAAAACAAAUAAUACACUAUUGCCAUGGCGAUGCCACAAAUGGAAGCACACUCACAUUACUGAGACAUCUAGUGAGAGAAUUAAGGCAUUGUCAUAACAAGAAACCAGUACAGAAAAGUUUAGCAUACAACUAUAUCAUCAAUGAAUAUCGUAGACAUAACGUGACCAGUGAGAGGACGUGUAAAGGAGAAAAUGAACUCAAACACAAAGCAAAUACAUAUCUAUCAUUACUCCAUAACGCAAGAAGGUAUCAGGAAUUGCAUGCUGAAUACAAGGGAAGUGAGCUAAGUGUUCAGUCAGCUGCUGAUCUGAUGGGAUUUAAGUUACCAAGUCAACCAGACAACCCAGUCUAAUUUUACUCUGCUGUAAAUCGUUUUAAUUUAACAAGAGAAAAAAUUGUGUCAAUUCUGUUAAAGUAUUAAAUUUUUAAACUUAUCUGA